GGCAGCACAGUGAGAUUGCUGCUCUUGCCAGGGGCCUAGCUGGAGGCCACCGGACGGGUCGCAGGUUGCGGAUAGCGAACGGCCUCGUGCCCCCACAGUGUGGUGGGGCAUAAGAGGUUAGCUGUGAAUAUACGGAAUAAACAGCCCCGGACAGCUAGCGGAUAAUACGGCGGCUGUUUCCGUUUUAUCGUCCAGGCGCUUGUGGGACCGCCUGCAAAAAGCAUAGUCCUACACAAACACUCUUCUCUUCUGUCUUCUUAUUUCGUAUCUCACUCCGGGCUGGACUAACGUGUGAUUCGUGCCGUGCCGAGAGUCGGCCAGGCUGAAAGCCCGGAUCAACAAAUAGUUCAGUCGCUAACGGCGAGCUCAGGCAAGUGGCCACCGCCUGUUCCAUUUAGUGCUUUACCCGGGCAACGCGGAUCUCUGCCCGGGCGGACCACACACUUCUCCGCAACUCGUGGGAAUCACUAGCAAACAUGAAUUCAAGAAACCAAAAACAAACCAACAAUCGAACACAAAAGCGAAUGCAUUUUCGCAAUAACUCCAAUGUAGCUAAGCCAGUACAGAAUUCAUCGAGGCAAAUGAUCGAUAAUUUUGAAACUGGACAGCGCAUGGGGAGGCCAAAAACAACACCGCACUUUCCGCAAAACCAACAGCGGAAUCGCAAUCGGGAUCAGUUGAUCAGUACUCACGAUAGGCUCCAACUAAUGGACAAUCAAAGAGGUCCAGCUCCUGAAACCUCUCAGGAUGACAACAUUCCAGAUACACAUUUUCAGCUAGACCGCAGGCCAUACGCUACCAGUACGGCAGAUGGUCAAGGAUUCUUUAAAAAUCAGUAUCAAAUGGCACCAGAGUACAACCGCAAUCCUGAAAGAGAAUCGUCCGUCUUCGGGAGGCGCUCUAACAACAGCCCGCAGCAACUGUCUCAGUUUACUCAAGCAAGGCAGCACAGUCGUAGCCCGGUACAUGACCUGGAUCUGGGACGCAUAUCACCAGAGAUAAGUUUUUGGCGCGGCAGGGAAGAGGAGAAUUCACGCCGCUCCCGAGAGUCUCCUGGUGCUAGCAAUCGUCACGUUGUCCCAGAGCAAAGUGAGCCUCAGAUGGGUGAAGCAGAGCACAAGAUCAAUACAAACAAACGACAACUCUGUGGCUCCCGCGUUAAGUGGUUCUACCGCUAUAUCAAGCAAGGAUUUUCUCGCGACGAAGCAUUUUUCAUGGCUAAAGAGCCAACUCAGCCAUCAGCUAAAUACAGAUCCGAACUUAGUCGUAAACAUGGAAAACCAAGUCCUCUGAUGCAUAGACCCAAUACUGCAGUCAUAAGUCCAAGUCGUGAGCUCAAAUUGCCAAGUCCUACGUUGAAUAGACAAAGUCCUGAGCCUAAAAGACGAAAACCAUCGUGGGACGAUGACCGUCCUGGCCCAUCCAAAAGACUCGAAGAAAACGAAGAACGGUUGAAAAUAUGCCUCAUGCCACUGGGUUAUCCAAGGGAGAAGCUAACCCACCAAGAAAAACUAGAUCUAGAGGAGGCAAUCACAAUGGAGGUGGCGUCCUCGAAGCUGGGAGUUCCUUUACGCUUCACUUCGGUAGCAUUCAAAACCGGCUACUUGGAAGUGGAAUGCUUCAAUAAGUUUUCAGCUGAUUGGUUAAUGAGAACCGGACCGCAGUUGCCAGAAUAUCACGGUCAUCCCGUGGAGACUAAGAUGAAGCGGCAACAGAAGGAGCAUAUUAUUACAGUUUACCUCCCUCGUAGUGCUGGCAAGUCUGAAGACUUUCUUCUCCAAUUAAUAAAAUCACAGAACACGCACAACAUCGAUUUGUGGUCUGUAGUCGGUCGAGCGGAUAGCAGAGAUGGUGAUGCUGAGGUUGUGUUCAGCAUUGACGAUCAGAGCGCAGCUGAAAUCGCCAGCAACGGCCAUACAAUCUUUUAUCGUAUGAGCAAAAUUCCUGUUCGAGGACUGGAGCAAGUUGACAGUGGCCAAAAGAAGCCCUCAAGUGAAGUUCUGUCGCGAGCAAAUCAACAUUCUCCUUCCUUUGGUCGCAAUAGAGAUGGAGGAUUCAUCGAGGAUUAUUAACAUUCCAUGGGGAUUGAAUAUUUAUCUAUAUUCUAUAUAUAUAUUUCCCAUCAUCGCACUCAAAGGAUAUGCCAAUCCUUCAGAAUCAAUGCGUAAAUAGAAAAUAUAAAUAUCUACGAAAAUUUGAAGAUCCUUAAAA